AUGUCAUUAAUAGACACGGUUCUGGCCAAUAAACUAUUCACAGAUCGUAGACGAGUAUCUCUGUACUCGAACUUCCGCAAACUCAAGGAUUCUAACAUCGAUGGUUAUGAAGCUAACAUUGCAGCGUGGAAAAUACUACUGACAGACGCACUUGAUCAGGGGAAUUUUGAAGAUGCCACAGCCAUUCCAGGUGGCCCGGGGCUAUUAGAAGCACUCUAUGAUCCUGAUAAUGGAAGACCUUUAGCACUGGAUGUUGUAAUAGACGAGUUAGUGGCGGACAAAGUGCUCAUCCCACUACCAAUAUAUAUGGCGGAGAAGUCGAGUAUCUACAGUCAGGGGGCUUGGCUCACAAAAAUGCUGAACCCAAAGGUGGUCACAUCGUGGGUGCUAUCAUACACCAAAGUAUGGGACUCAUCUUGGAAAUCAAUUGGCCCAAAAGCCGAGCUGGGAACUCUGAAAAAGGAGAAAUAUAUUAGCAUCCAAGCAUUAGAAACUAUAGGCAAUGCCAUAUGGGCCAAUCUUGAAAAUGAGCAUGGCAUCACUGCCAGCUAUACUAACGGAGUUUUUACAAAAGAAAUGCUGACAUCGCUUCUAUCAGAAGUAUCUGUCACCAAAAAGAUCCACAAUACAGUGCAAACGUCACGGGUGCUCCUAUCCCCUACAGAUAUCGAGGUAGUACUGAAAUAUCUUGUUCGAGAUAAGAACAAGUUGAUAUCCGAUGGACAGAUCUAUAAAGUCAAUUCACGAAAUGCUUCACCACUUAUCACACAAAAGGACAUUGCCAUUGCUAACCUCCGGUCGACAAUACUACAAGUCACAGACCGGGUCAACGGGCUGUCAGACCAGAUUGCCGACUGCGACUUAAAAGCGCGGAAUGCUCUUGAGAGAAAGAACAAGCCGGUUGCUGUCUAUGCAUUAAAAUCUAAAAAGUUGGCUGAAUCUAGUCAAGUCAAAGCACUGGACAUGUUGAGCAACCUCGAGCUGUUAGUAGGCAAAAUCGACGACGCUACAGACCAAGCCGAGAUCGUGUCUGCUCUGAGUUCCGGAGCCGAAAUUCUCACAACACUCAACUCGACAAUUGGCGGAGCAGAGAAGGUCGGAGAUCUGAUGGAUCAACUGCGAGACCAGGCCGACGAGACGGACGAAAUCGGGCGCGAGAUCUCGAGCAUGGUCGGCCGAAGCGUGGACGAAGACGAAGUCGAGUCGGAACUCGAUCUCAUGCUUGCCGAAGAGCGCCAAAAACAGCUCGACAAACUCCCUGUCCCGCCCACCAACUCAACACACGCUACCCCUGCCAAAGACUCACAAGAAGACCCGGCCAUUGCAUCACUCUCGGACGAACUCAGCGCUACCAGCCUAGAACCACGCAAAAAGGUACUUGCAGAGUAA